AUGGUUGAUUAUCGUGAACGAAAAGAAUUAUUUUUUAGUAAUUUAAAUGGUACAAAUCUUUAUGAAGUAGGUUCUGUGAUGAUAAAUACAUGUGCAACAUAUUUCUUAUGUCAAAUAUUAAAAUCUUUUAUAUCAUUAUCAAAUAUUAAAAAAUUUUCAAUAAAUAAUUUUCUUUUUGAAAAUUUUCUUAUUAUAAUUCCAUUAAUAUUUAUUUGUACAAUAUUAUCAUCAUUAAGUUAUUUAUUUCAUUUUAUUCUUUGGUCUAUAGGAUUUUUAAUUUAUUUUACAAAAACAAAUUCAACAAUAAAAUCUAUUCAAAUUAAUAAUAAUAAAUCAUAUUCUUAUAUAAUUGAAUUAUUUCGUGGUCAAAUAUUAAUUUCAACAUGUAUAUCUAUUCUUGCAGUUGAUUUUUCUAUAUAUCCACGACGAUAUGCUAAAACAGAAAAUUAUGGUUAUUCAAUAAUGGAUUUAGGUGUUGGUCUAUUUGCAAUAGCACAUGGUACAGUUAGUUCAGAAGUUCGAAAUAAACAAACAAAUUUUAAAGAAUUAUUUCUUGAAAAUUUAAUAUUAUUUCUAUUAGGUUUAAUACGUUUUAUAUCAAUAAAAUAUUUUUCAUAUAUUGAACAUAUUAGUGAAUAUGGUAUACAUUGGAAUUUUUUUUUAACAUUAUGUUUUAUGAAAUUAAUUGGACAUUGUUUAUUAAAAAUAACAAAAAAUAUAUUAUUAUUAAUUAUUUUAAUAUUAAUAUUUCAUGAAUUUAUUUUAUUAAAAUAUUUUCAAUAUGAUAAUUAUUUAAUAUUAUCAAAUAAUUUAAGAAAAAAUUUUUUUGAUGCUAAUCGUGAAGGAAUAUUUUCAUUAGGUGGAUAUGUUUGUUUAUAUUUAAUUGGAAUUUCCCUUGGAAAAUUUAUAAUUAAUAAUGAAUAUAAACAAAAAUUUCAACAAAUAGGUAUUACAUGUUUUAUUCUUAUGAUUAUAUUAUGUACAAUUAGUUAUAAUCCAUCAAGAAAAUUAUGUAAUUUAUCUUAUAUUUCAAGUACAACUGGUUUAGCUUGUAUGUGUUUAGGAUGUUUUAGUAUAAUACAAUGGUUAUUAUUAAGAAAAGGUUAUUUAACUGAAUCAAUUUUAAUUAAAAAUGUUAAUCAAAAAAGUUUAGAUACAUUUUUAUUAGCUAAUGUAUUAACAGGAAUUGUUAAUUUAAAUAUAAAUACAAUUGAUACAUCAAAAUUUAUAUCAUUAUUUAUUAUUAUAAUUUAUAUGUUUAUUGUUACAAUAUAUUCAUAUUUUUCUCCAUCAUUAAUUAAAUUAAUUAUGAAAAAUUUAAAGUAA